UGCACGAGGCUGGGAUUUAUCCUUACCCGAGGUGGAGGGGGAACUAAGUCCCAUGGGAGCAACGUCACUCCCCUCGGCAUAUCCACCACUCUCCGCUACAUGCGCCCAACACAGAGCACGUCAAGAUUGCUUCCAUCCUCAAUGCGAAAUGCUUUGCGAACUGAAUCUAACUCGAGCAUUCCUCCCCGAUUCCGUGUGUUUCGGCGAGGAGGCAUUCGCAUGCUCAGGCACACAAGCGGGCUAAACAACUCCUCGGCGAACUGGGAAGGUCAUUUUAAGUGGAGUGAGGGCUCGCGUCGAGUAUGGUCUGUGGUAAAGGGGACAUCAGAUAGAGCCAACAUCUGUAACUUCGGGAUUAACUUGUAAAGGCGCUUUUUUACUGAAGACUGUGUGGUAUUCUGUUUUUAAACAUGCCUGUAAGAAGAGGUCACGUUGCGCCACAAAACACAUUCCUUGGAAUGAUUAUUCGGAAAUUCGAAGGACAGAACCGAAAAUUUUUGAUAGCCAACGCCAGGGUGGAGAACUGUGCAAUCAUAUACUGCAACGACGGCUUCUGUGAGAUGACAGGCUUCUCGAGACCGGACAUAAUGCAGAAGCCAUGCACCUGCGACUUCCUCCACGGCAGCCUGACCGACAAAGAGGCCAUCAGUCAGGUGGCACAGGCUGUGUUUGGGUCAGAGGAGCGCAAGGUGGAGAUCACCUACUACCGCAAGGAUGGGUCUGACUUCCAGUGUAACAUUCACGUAAUCCCUGUGAAAAACGAGGAGGGUUUGGUGAUGAUGUUUAUCUUAAAUUUUGAUUACGUCUUGGAUGAGGAAAGUGACAACUCCACAGAGAAGAUAAGCCCAACGUCCCCUACAAAGUCAGAUCAAAGGAGCAGUAGAUUCUUUCGCUUCCGCCAGGCCGCUUUGAGCCUAAUGAAUACCAAGCAAUCUCUUCCGCAAGAGGACCCAGAUGCUGUGAUGGUGGACCCGCCCAAAGAGAAUGAGGUGGCCCUGCAGAGUUUACCGUCACCCACCAAGAGCAUUUGCAGUCCCAUUGAGAUCAAUGACACGCAUGGCCUUAUUGGCUCCAGCCUCCACUCCCCUCAGCCCAAGGUUGGCCCUGAACCACUUGACCAUUCAUCCCCUAAACUUCUCUGGGAAAACCUAUACCAGACAGAGCCGCACCAGUCCUCCUCUGCCCUGUCGAACACCUUCCCCAGAGGCAGCAUCAACAGCAUGAGGCGAGCCUCAUCUGUCCAUGAAAUUGAGGCCUACAGCUCCAAUUCCAAAAGCAUAUUCAGGGAUGGUCAAACCAGUGAAGGUCCAUUUAAUCAUGUGAAGUCCAGCCUUCUUGGCUCUACCUCUGAUUCUAACAUCAACAAGUAUAGCACCAUCAGCAGGAUCCCUUUGAUUGCACUCACCUUCUCUGAGGGGACUGAUAAGAAGACUCAUUCUCCGCCAACAUCCGAGACGACCAUCAUAGCACCAAAGGUCAAAGACAGAACGCACAAUGUCACAGAAAAAGUCACACAGGUCCUGUCACUCGGAGCCGAUGUGCUACCAGAGUACAAACUCCAGACAGCGCGCAUUGACAAGUUCACCAUUCUCCACUAUAGCCCCUUCAAAGCUGUGUGGGACUGGCUGAUCCUGCUACUGGUCAUCUACACUGCAAUCCUCACUCCCUACUCUGCAGCUUUUCUUCUCAAUGACACAGAGGAGCAGAAGAGGCGUGAAUGCGGAUACUCCUGCAGCCCUCUUAAUGUAGUGGAUUUAAUGGUGGAUAUCAUGUUCAUCAUCGACAUCCUCAUAAACUUCAGGACCACUUACGUAAACCUGAACGAGGAGGUGGUCAGCGAUCCAGCUAAGAUUGCAAUUCAUUACUUUAAAGGCUGGUUCCUUAUAGACAUGGUGGCGGCAAUCCCCUUUGACCUUCUUAUCUUUGGCUCAGGAUCAGAUGAGACCACCACUCUGAUUGGCCUGUUGAAGACAGCUAGGCUCCUGCGAUUGGUGCGUGUAGCCAGGAAGCUGGACCGCUACUCUGAGUAUGGUGCUGCAGUCCUCAUGCUGCUCAUGUGCAUCUUUGCCCUCAUUGCCCACUGGCUAGCCUGUAUAUGGUAUGCCAUUGGCAAUGUGGAAAAGCCCUACUUGGAGCACAAGAUUGGCUGGCUAGACAAUCUGGGCGUGUCCAUAGGAAAGAGAUACAACUACAGCGACCCAAGCUCUGGUCCCUCUAUCAAGGACAAGUAUGUGACAGCACUUUACUUCACCUUCAGCAGUCUGACCAGUGUGGGCUUUGGAAAUGUUUCCCCAAACACCAACUCAGAGAAGAUCUUUUCCAUCUGUGUCAUGUUGAUUGGCUCCCUCAUGUAUGCCAGUAUUUUUGGAAACGUCUCUGCCAUUAUCCAGAGGUUAUACUCAAGUACGGCCCGAUAUCAUGCUCAAAUGUUACGGGUCAAGGAGUUCAUACGCUUUCACCAGAUACCCAACCCGCUGAGGCAGAGGCUGGAAGAGUACUUUCAACACUCCUGGGCCUACACCAAUGGCAUUGAUAUGAACACGGAGGUGUUAAAAGGUUUUCCUGAGUGCCUGCAGGCAGAUAUCUGCCUUCAUCUCAACAAGAGUCUUCUUCAAAACUGCAAAGCGUUCCAAGGAGCCUCCAAAGGCUGCCUGAGGGCCUUGGCCAUGCACUUCAAAACCACUCAUGCCCCUCCUGGAGACACUCUGGUCCACAGUGGUGAUGUGCUUACCGCUCUCUACUUUCUGUCUCGCGGCUCUAUUGAGGUCCUUAAAGAUGACAUUGUGGUAGCCAUCCUGGGAAUAAAUGACAUAUUUGGAGAAAUGAUCCAUCUAUUUGCCAAGCCCGGGAAGUCCAACGCUGAUGUGCGAGCUCUGAGUUACUGUGACCUGAGCACCAUUCAGAGGGAAGAUCUGUUGGAGGUGAUAGACAUGUACCCAGAGUUUGCUGACUACUUCUUCAACAACCUGGAGCUUACCUUCAACCUCAGAGAUGAGUCUCCAAAGCCAUCAGGCUCCCAAGGCGGGGAUUCAGGCGGCGAGGCCAGUAAGAGCCUUAAAAGAAGGAUCUCUUUUACACCAGAUGUAUCUAAAGGGGGAGACAAGGAAGUUAUUAAACCCUUGGGGAGGGAGAGGGAGUCUAACUCGUGCCUGAAGAUAAGUUCAGAAUUCCUGGGUCCUUCUCCACCCAAUGACCCAGUCCUGGACUCCAAUCUUAUUGUCAAAGACAACAAAAAGCAAAGACCAUCUUUUGAAGAUCUGUGCUGUGAUAAAUGGGCCUGUAAGAAGCCUACGGACUACCUGGAUGAGUCAGCACAGUUGCAGGACCUGAGAGACGAUAAUUCUGCCACCGAGAUCACAUAUGGAGAUCUGGAACACCGCUUAGGUCAGCUUCAAGAGCACUUAAACAGGCUGGAGUCUCAGCUGAUGACAGAUAUUCAAACCAUCCUGCAGCUGCUGCAAAGACAACCAACACUGGGACCUCCAGCCUACAGCACUGUGACUGCCAGUCCAGACUAUCACAGACCUGCUGUGAAGGUCCAGCCAGUUGCUCUGACUGCAAGAGAUUUUUUCAGCCAUACAGGAACUCAAGGCCCCAGCCUCCAACUGGAGAAGGCCAUUCAGGAAUCCAAAGACUCUCUGUCGAGCUUGGCCAACAUGAAUGCGCCCAUUGAGGGCAGCCUUACAGCUAUGCUUGUACAAAGACAUACAGAGCCACAACAGCAACAACAACAGCAGCAACAACAGCAACAGAUCCCAGGGCAUCAACAGUCUGCACUGAUCUUUCUUCCAUCUGAAACCUCUUCCACCUCCUCUUCUUCACAAGCCCCUUCUGACUCCAACCUGAACGCCACUGGACUCCAUAGACCUAUCUCAGACCAAGAGUUUCCAAGGCCAUAAACCUUCCUGCACCACAGUGUUCAUAUAUCUGGGUUGUACUUUAUGUAGCAUCAUUUUAGCAGCAUGCUGGCACAGCCAUCUGUGUUGUCCAUUUGCUAUGGCUUGAUAAUAGCAGUAAGAUGUGGUUUUGUUUGAUUGUGCAUGUGGAUUAAAAAACUGUUUGCUGCAGUUAACAGUGUGUUAAACUUCAGUUAUCAGUGGAAUAACAAUGGUUACAUAUUGUGACAGUAAUUUUAUCAACAUUGUAGCCCUUUGAUGGACCCUUUAAGCAUCAUCUCACACACAGUCAAAAUGUAAAUUCACACACCUAUCAGGAUCAGAAUGAACCUAGUCAACCACACCUACACAACCCUAUACAGCACUUCCCCAUAUACUAAGUCUACAGCUUCCUAACUAAGUUCAACUUAAUGAGCAGGGAUGCUGGUUAAAGGGAUCCACCUGGUUGUGAUAGAACUAAAACUACAAGACCUUAUCAACUUUCUGUUUCACCCAGGCUUUGUACUCUAAUGGGCUCUAAUGGACUCUGUACCUCUCCUUGUGCCACAACAUUUCAUGUCCCAAAACAUAAUUGGUCAUGCUAAGUGGGCCACAAGGCUAGAGUCAGCCAUAAUGAACACCUCACCUGCUGUUUGCAAAUGGGUUUAAAAGCACUAGUGCACCAGUCCAACUACAUUCACAACUGUAAGAGGAGGAGAGGAGCUGACUGACCUACCUCACACUAGACGGGUCUCAAUGUCUAGCAAUACCCAUCACCCAGGACAUAGCCGCUAUAGCUCACCAGUCUGUCCAGCAGAUUGAGGACGGCCCAAAAACACAGCAAGUGCAUGACUUAAGCCAACUGCUCCUCAACAUCCCCAGGUAAGGUACCUUAAGGUGCUGAAUGCUUGGCAAGAUUCAGGGAGAGACCAAAAGCAGGGACUUAUGGCAAAAACAGACACUCAAAAAACACUCAAAGUCCUUUCUGGUCCGUGGAAGACCAGGACCAGGACUUAAGAUUGUAUGUGCUGGCUUUAGGAGACCCAUCUCUGUCACCAGGUUGUCCAGGCAGUUUGCAACCUGAUACUUAGAAGCAAGAAUGGAAGCCAAAGCUAGGGCCCUGCAUGACUUUGUGUCCUGUGUCCUGUUAGAGCCUGUUAAGAGUCUAAACCCUGUGCAAAUACAGACUCUGCCACUCAGAGGGCCUGCAUAUGAACAGACUAUACAAACUAUUUUCUGCAGCUAUUAGUGUAAUACAGUAUUAUUACAAAGGUGUGAGAACAGUUUUCUUAUCCUUAGUAGUAUGCCCAUGUUCUUUGAAGUGUGACUCAGGGUUUAUGGAAAAUUGCACUGCAAAAUACAGUACAGUAUCAAGUAUACUGUAGUUUUCUUUUUUCAAUGAUGUGCAUUAUUACUGCAGUUGCUGACGUGCACCUACUGUACGAUGUUAAGCCAACAGAACACACCAUACUUGCUUGUCUGGGCAGAAAUUAUAACAUGCAGAUUUACAAAUAUUUUGCUGUUAUCCCAGAGCUAUAGACCUCUGACAAACAAGCAUGGUGUAGAUAUUUCUACAUGGCAGUGCAUGUGUUUUAUAUUUAUAUAUUUACUGUUUUGCACUGCGUAUGAGCCCAAAGUAGCACAUUUCAAUAUAAAAUGAUGUCAGCAUAUUUGUCUCUCUUUAGGAUGUAUUUAAGAGUGUUUUUGGAAAAGAGGGGGACACACUGAACGUUAGUAGCGCAUAAGCAGGCCUCAGAGAAGGUCUUGUGCCUAUACAACCGAUCUAAAUGCUAAGUCACCAUCAUCUUCAUGUAUAACUAACCAUACCAUUGACAAAGCAUAUUGUUUCCCUGUACUGUUUUUAUUGUCAAUGUACAAUAAAGUUAAAAUACUAUUAGAAAAUUGUUAGACAGUAAAUACAUUACGUUGCAAGAUGUAAAAAAAAAAAAGUUAAUAAUAUGAGAAACUUUUUAGCAGAACAGUAAAUACAUAUGUUUGUUUUGAAGAUGUGGAAGCAAUAAAUGAAAUCACUUUUAGUUUU